AUGAGAAAUUUAGACAGUGAUGAUCGGGUACCUGACAAGCUUACCAAGCCCAAGACAUCGAGAGAAUGGUUGGAACCACAGCCACUUUCUUUUAUGGAGGCAUUAGCUAAAGAAGAUAUUGAUGCAGCUAUUCAAUCAAUAUUAUAUAGAGAAAAUUACAUAAUUAAGGAACUAGAUAAGUGUUUACAACAUCAUGACUUUUUAAAGGCAAGAAGAAAAGAGAUGUUACAUAAAAGAUGGGCUGACCAUGUGGCACAUCCUCUCCAGAAGAAAAUUAUAGAAAAAGUUUGUUCAUAUAAGAAGAUUAAAAAAAGGAGACAAGAAGAAUUAGAUAGUUUUUUAAAACAUGUAAAUAAAAAGGGAAAUGCAUUUAUAGAACAUUAUGAUCCAAAAGAGUAUGAUCCUUUUUAUAUGAGCAAAGAGGACCCAAGUUUUCUGAAGGUUACCAUUCCACCAUUUCGUGACCCUUUGAAAAAGGCACAAUAUGACAAAGAUGAUGAAAAAAGAACUCUUCUUCAGUGUGAGACUGGCAAAAUAUAUACAAUGAAAGAAUUUAAAGAGAUUGAAAAGGCCAAACUGCAUUCCAGAUUCCCAAGAAUUUCUAAUUCAAGGCACUUUAUGACUCCAAAUGAGUGGCUUAAGCUGCCUACAACCUACAUAGAAAGUGAAUUUUGUAAAAGGAGCAGAAACAAAGGAUCAUCCUUUCUGGAAAAAGAACCUCUAUGUUUUCAUGAGAGAAAGAGUCCAAGUCUCAAAGAGGCCAAUUCUGAAGGUCAUUUCGUUGACCCUCAGCAGGAGAUAGAAAGGGAUGGGGACCAGGAGGCGGCCGUUGUGAUCCUAACUGGUCUUCCUCCUUCUGUGGUUGCCCCAGAUCCGUUCUCCAUGCAGAAGCUAUAUUUAAAAAAUAUUAGAUCCGAUUUCUCCCCUACUCAAAACCUGUGA